AUGGGUGAACAAAUUGAUCAAUUACAAAAAUUAAAAAAUAAAUUAGAAAAAGAAAAACAAAACAUUAAAUCUGAACUUGAUGAUUUACGUGCACAACUUGAUCAUGCACAAAAAGGUAAAGCAGCUGCUGAAAAACUUUCAAAACAACUUGAACAACAAUUAAGUGAAAUACAAAUUAAACUUGAUGAUAGCUUCAAACAAAUUAAUGAUUUAUCUGGUCAAAGAACAAAAUUAAUUUCAGAAAAUUCAGAUUUAGUUAAGCAAAUUGAAGAUCUUGAACAUCAAGUUAGUUCAUUACAAAAAGUGAAAAUUACAUUACAACAACAAGCUGAUGAAGCUAAACGUGCGUUAGAAGAAGAAUUACGUGGUAAAAGUGCAAUCACUGCUCAAUUACGUAAUUUAUCUGCUGAUCUUGAUCAAGCACGUGAACAACUUGAAGAAGAACAAGAAGGAAAAGCCGAUCUUCAACGACAAGUUGCUAAACUCGGUUCAGAAGUUCAACAAUGGAGAUCACGUUAUGAAUCUGAAGGCUUGGCUCGUGCUGAAGAACUUGAAGAAGCUAAACGUAAAUUAGCAGCCAAAUUAACAGAAGCUGAAGAACAAGUUGAAGCAGCAUUAUCCAAAUGCAAUGCUUUAGAAAAAGUUAAAGCUCGUUUACAAGGUGAAGUAGAAGAUCUUAUGGUUGAUGUUGAACGUGCUAAUGCUAAUGCUUCUGCCAUGGACAAGAAACAGAAACAAUUUGAUAAGUUAAUUAAUGAAUGGAAACAAAAAUGUGAAGAUAUAACAAUUGAACUUGAAGCAUCACAAAAAGAAGCACGUCAUUAUUCAACAGAAUUAUUUAAACUUAAAACACAAUAUGAAGAAUCACAUGAACAAAUUGAAGCACUUCGUAAAGAAAACAAAAAUUUGGCCGAAGAAAUUAAAGAUCUUAUGGAUCAAUUGGGUGAAGGUGGAAAGAGUCUUCAUGAAUUGGAUAAAGCUCGUAAACGUGCUGAAAUGGAAAAAGAAGAAUUACAAGGUGCAUUAGAAGAAGCUGAAGCUGCACUUGAACAAGAAGAAGCUAAAGUUCUUCGUGCUCAAAUGGAAUUAAGUACAGUACGUCAAGAAAUCGAUCGUCGUAUACAUGAAAAGGAAGAAGAAUUUGAAAAUACACGUCGUAAUCAUGCUCGUGCAAUGGAAUCAAUGCAAGCAAGUUUAGAAGCUGAAACAAGAGCUAAAGCUGAAGCACUUAAACAGAAAAAGAAACUUGAAUCGGAUAUCAAUGAACUUGAAAUUGCUCUUGAUCAUGCCAAUCGUAGCAAUGCAGAUUUACAAAAAGCACUUAAGAAAUUACAACAAACAGUCACCGAAUUACAACAACAAGUUGAAGAUGAACAACGACAACGUGAUGAAGCUCGUGAAGCUGCUGCCGCUGCUGAACGUCGUGUUAAUCUUAUACUAGGUGAACUCGAAGAAUUACGUACAGCAUUAGAACAAGCUGAACGUGCACGUCGUGCAGCUGAAAAUGAAUUGAAUGAUGCAGCUGAUCGUAUUAGUGAAUUAAGCACACUAAAUGCUAAUUUAUCAUCACAAAAACGACAAUUAGAAGCCAGCGUUGCUGCUAUGCAAGCUGAUUUAGAUGAAGCUGUUGCUGAACUUAAAAAUAGUGAAGAACGUGCCAAGAAAGCUGGUUAG